CAAGAGUCUUCCUUCUUUCACCAUUCACCAACUUCACCAACACCGUCACCGUCACCGUCACCGUCACCGUCGAUAAUGGCUUCCAGAUCCACCGGCAACGACUCAUCCAAGAUAACACCUGCAAAAGAUCAAAGAUCACUUGCCCAAGAUAACAACAAUGAAGAAGUUAACAUCCCUGUAACCGCCACUCUUCCGAUGGUUGAAAAAUUCCCACCUUAUGUUACUUAUGUACAUACGACCAGAAACCAGAAAAUGACUGACGAACAGUCGGUCAGAGGGAAACGACAUAUGUGCUAUGAUCAAAACAGGAGUGAGGCCAUGAUCUAUAUUGAUCAUAGUGAUGAGGAGACUAUUUCUCCACGUGAAGAAACUUAUGAAUUUUCGGAGGGUGAGAAACGUAUCAUAAGGAUGGUUAGUCAAACGAUUGAACCAAGUGAGAAAGUGGUUCAAACGUUGGCACGGUCCCUCAGCAGAAGUACUACUGAAAUUCGCGAGGAAAUUACCAGGCUCGAGAAAAACGAUGAAGAAAUGAACCAAAAUGUCUUUGAUGAAAGCCUUGCCAGUAAUAUGUAUAUCUUUGAUACUGUGUUCUGCAGACGGUGUUUGGAGUUUAAUUGUCGUCUCCACGGCACUGGCCAACCUGUAAUCUUUCCUGCUGAAAGAUUAGAGGGUCCCGUACUUGUAUCUGGACAAGAUGAGAAACCUUGCAGUAAUCAGUGUUACAAACGCUCAUAUGAGGAUUCCACCAUUGGUGCUCAUCCAGCAGAUAUAAUCACUUGGAAACCACUUGAGAAAGAUCUAUACUUGGAGGGAGUAAAGAUAUUUGGAAGAAACAGUUGCCUUAUAGCAAGGACCUUACUUCCAGGGCUCAAAACAUGCAUGGAAGUAUACACACGCAUGCGUAACGAUGAACCAACUGGCUCUUCAACCGUUGUUGAUCAUCCUAAGGAUCAUGAAAAUUUAGCAUCAUCAGGCGGAAGGAGAGGUAAAAGAAAGAAAGCCGGUGGGCAUCCAAGAAGAAUUGCCGAUGGAAAACAGUCAAACAAACAAUAUACUCCAUGUGGAUGCAAUGUGUGUGGAAAGGGUUGCCCCUGCUUCAACAAUUACACCUGCUGUGAAAAGUAUUGUGGGUGUUUAAAAAUCUGCAAGAAUCGGUUUAGGGGAUGCCAUUGUGCUAAUAGGAGCCAAUGCAGAAGCCAGCAAUGCCCGUGUUUUGCAGCCGGGCGUGAAUGUGACCCAGAUAUCUGUCGAAAUUGUUGGGUGAGUUGUGGUGGUGGGUCACUAGGUGAGCCCCAAAGAAGAGGACAAGGGCAAUGUGGUAAUAUGAGGCUCUUUCUAGGGCAACACCAGAGGGUUCUGAUGGGUAAAUCUGAUGUUGCUGGUUGGGGAGUAUUUAUGAAGAACACCAUUGAGAAAGACGAGCAUCUCGGAGAAUAUACAGGUGAACUGAUCUCACAGGAAGAAGCAGAUCUCCGAGGCCAGUUAUAUGAUCGUGUUAAUUCGUCUUUCCUUUUCAACUUGAAUGAUCAGUAUGUCAUUGAUGCUCUUCGUCUAGGGAACAAACUCAAAUUUGCUAAUCACUCACCAAAUCCCAACUGUCAUGCCUCGAUAAUAAAAGUGGGAGGAGAUCAUCAUGUCAGCAUAUUUGCCAAAGAGCGAAUUCAAGCGGGUCAAGAAAUCUUUUAUGAUUACUGUUACGAACCUGAGCAGUCACCUUCUUGGGCUCGUAAACCCGAUGAUGCAAACAGAGGCCCGUCCAGUGCUCCUCAUGCCAGAUCAAAGAAGCCACAACAAGCUGAUCCGAAAGAAGGCCCUUCGGUUCCUCCUCAAGCUAAAUUUAAAAAACCACGACCACACCGUUAAAAAACCUUUUUUCUUCGGUUUGGCGUGUGUUGUCAUAAACCUAGGUUUUAGGUGAUACAUUAGAUAUCUUUCAGCUUCUUGCAGGAUUGAAUUUCUUACUUUUAUUAUCGCUUAGCUUUCAAAUGUCGACAUUUUAUGAAGUCAACAAGAUUAUGUGAACUUGCUCAAAGAGAGCAACUAUGUUUCUUCAUGGAAUUGACUAUACAGAUAUGAUAUAUUUUAA